UUGCUCUCACUGUGAAUUUAAUCUUUGUAUUAAAUGCUCUUCUCUGCCACUCACCAAAGAAGCUGAAGUCCAUGAACACCCGUUGACCCUUAUGCUGAAUUAUUCCAAUUCAGUUGUGAUCGUUGUGCGAAGCAAGGCAAUGACAUGUUUUACUUUUGUGCUCCGUGUUCAUUCGUUGUCCACCCAGACUGUACUUCCUUACCAUCAAUUGAACAACCGCCCACCCUCGAAACUGAAAUUCAUGACCACCCUUUGACACUACUGCAGAAAUCAUUUCCAUUCACUUGUAAUGUUUGUGGGAGGGUAAGCUGUAGCAUGUUUUACUUUUGUAACAUGUAUUCAUUUUUCGCUCACUCGGGUUGCGCUUCCUUACCACUAGUAGUCAAAGUUAUAAGGCAUGAACACCCUAUCAACCUCACCUACUCCAUUCCAGCCACUCAAUCGAGCCGCGUAGUUUGCAAACUCUGUGUUGACACAGUGAACACGAACUACGCGAUCUAUUAUUGCUCGAGUUGUGAUUUUGUUGCCCACCUCCAUUGUGCUACAAGCAAGGCAGAGAGAGAUGAUCAAACGCUUCUGCAGAAUUUUGAAGAUAAAGAGUUUUGUGAGUCAUCAAAACCUAUAUUGGAAUGUGAAGACAUAGGAACUGAUGAAUCCAUUGGCUCAUCAACGUUUAUUGUCAAAAUGAUCAAAGUUGGGGUAGACGGAAUAGAAAUAGCUACAAAAAUCAAACAUUUCAGUCAUGAGCAUGACUUAGAGCUCAUUGACAAGCAUGGGAUCAACGAGAAAUGUGAAGGGUGUGUGCGGUCCAUUUUUCCUCCUUUUUACACUUGCGCUCAAUGUGGAUUCUUUCUUCAUAAAUCUUGUGUUGAAUUAUCAAGAAAAAUCCGACACCCAUCUAAUCCCUAUAUGUUUAAACAUGCUUGUCAUGAACAUCAACUUAUUCUUUCGACGCUGUCGUAUUAUUGGAAAUGUAGUUGUUGUGGUUUGGAUCAAGGAUACAAAUUCCUUUGUGCCGAUUGUGAAUUCAUUGUGGACUUCAAAUGUUUAACACUGUCAUAUACGACAAGAUACAGAGAACAUGAGCAUCCUUUCACACUUUGCUAUACUCCAGAAGAAGACUCUGGUGAAUAUUAUUGUGAUAUCUGUGAAGAAGAAAGAGACCCAACGUAUUGGUUCUACUAUUGUGCAGAUUGCCUUUACCGAACUCAUCCCAAAUGCAUUCUCAAGAAAUUCAGAAAUAUCAAGUUUGAGAAAGCUUGCACAUUUGAUAUCCACCAACAUCCCCUUACUUUGGUUCGGAAGACUGAACAUGAGCCUCUGUGUAAGAAAUGUGGCAAAGCUUGUACAAACCCCUUUUCUUAUGAAUGUGUCAAAUGUAAUUUCAAUUUUCACGAAAACUGCUUGCGACCAUCUACCACCUGAAAGGAGAAAGAACUCCCUUAAGGCUUAUGUAUCCACUUUCACUUUCUUGUUGAACAAAAAUUUGUUCUUAUUAGCUAAUAUUUUUGUGUAAUUUUUUAGA